CCGCGAGACAUUCAGGUUGGAGUCACAGUGGUCGCAGUCACAACUUUUAUCCUGGCAGGAAUUGGUAACUCGCUGGUGAUCUACAUCGUAUGUACAGUCAACCAGAUGAAGAGCUCAACAAACACUCUCAUUGCCAAUAUGGCUGUUGCAGAUCUUCUCAUGACCAUUGACAUUCCUUAUAUGCUCAAAUGGGUGUACGUGUGGAAUGGUUGGUUUGGUACAUUUAUGGGCACCGCCUUGUGCAAGUUCUUUCACUCAGCUCAAGUUGGUUCCUUGGCUGCUUCAGUGUUUAGUUUGGUGGCGAUUUCUUUAGAUCGCAGUUUUGGUAUUUUAUUUCCAAUGAGAACCAUAAUGACCAGGAAUGUUGUGCGUUUUGCAAUCGCCGCGAUUUGGCUCGGCGCACUGGCCUUGUCCAUUCCGCUUAUGCUAGUGGUCAAGAACACCAAAGAUGAAAGAACGGGAAAUAUGAUCUGCGACGAGAUUUGGCCGCCCAUAUCACAUAAAACCUACGCAGGGUUUCUAUUCACAACUUCCUACAUCAUUCCAAUUUUGAUCAUUGCGGUAGUCUACUUCUUAGCGGGGAUGCGCCUUUGGAGCAGGAAACUCCCAGGUCAUCGCACAUUAAUGUCGCACAAGAAAGCUCAAGCGUCCAGCAGACGCGCCACAGUUAUGUUGAUAACAGUGGUUAUCGUUUUUGCUCUUUCUUGGUUUCCAUUUCAAGCCUUGGAAAUCAUAAGAUAUAUCGAUCCGAAAAUAUUAACCAACUUUACAGUCCCAAUGGCGGUUUGGUUUGUCAUUCCGUGGUUUGGUUACUGUAACAGUGCCGUUAAUCCAAUUAUUUAUGUGAUCUUCUCGGAGAAUUACCGUCACGAAUUUUAUCGAAUCCUCUGCAGGGGACCAAGCCGAAAGGAGCGUUACAGGAAGACUAUUGUAUACAGCCGCAGCGCAACUCGCACGACACGCUUAUCAAGAGCUAGCUCAAUGGCAGUCAGUAUUCCUCUUCAGAAGUUGAGAGAAGAAGCUGACCAUAGAAGAGGAAGUCCAGAGACGCCGUGAGUCCAGUCCAAACUACUUAAAAAUCAGGCCUUUGCAAAAAGUUCUCCUGAACUGGGGAAGAAAAGGCACCAAAAUUACUCAAACAUUUCUCAGCCGUUGUGUUCGUUUUUGCUUCACCUUUCUUUUAGCAAGCUUUGUGCUUGAUGUAAUUUUCAGGAAGAAUUUCCAAAUCAAAAAAAACUCUGACCUCUUUCUGACUGCUUUCGUUUUCCUGUUGGGUUUCGUUCCUUUUCUUCAUUAUUUCAGAUUUCUUUGACUGAAUCAGCGAAACUUGAUAUAUUCAAAGAGCACGUUUUGCACCAACCUUUUAUUAGUUUUAAUUUUACCAUUGUUUUGAUAUUUUCACCCUGUAAUUUAUUACGUUGAGAGUGGCACGGUUUCUUUCAACUAUAACCCGUUUUAGUUAUAGAAAACAGCAGUGAUAUAUCGCUGUGAUAUUACUGUGGUAACUGGAUCUGACAGAUGUUUUGCAGUACUUUACCUUACCAUAAUAUCGUACCAGAGGUACUACUACGAGUAUGGCCGACUUCGGCCGACGUAUACUGAAAUCAUUUGUUGUUACUGCCUCAAUUGCCAACGAGUAAUGAACUACCAUUCAACGUUAAAUUGUUUCGUAGGUAAGACUCGUGCAGUGGGGAGUAUUUGGGUCAAUUUUGCCGGAUAUGUACCACUGUUCUCUCAGAACCCCUAACCCACCAUAGUCGAUUGUUUGGCAAAUUAUGGUAUCCGUCAUUUUUGGUCACACGGUGACAACUUUUUAACCGCGAAUGUUCCCGUUUUUAAUACUAACUUAAUCCAAAAAUGUACGACCCUACUAAAAUGCAACCCCGUUAUAGACAAUCCAGACGUUAAAAUGCGACCACAUCCACAUCCCCUUCAGCUUUUUACAAGGAAGUAAACGCCCCCUCCCGAGGACUUGUGCUUGUUGCACCUGUAAUCAUCAACCAUCAAUGGUUCUUAUGAGAAAUUAGGAGACUUAUGUGAGCAUCAAAUGGAAAGAUAAUGAUUUAAUUACAAUAGCAGUAAGGAUAAAACAUUUCCUGUAGAUUAAAAAUAUUUCAAACAAUUUGGACUUCGAAACAGUUUACUACGAAGAAAGCGAAUAAAAUGAAAACGAUGACGAAAAUCUGCCCGAGGAAGACUUAUAGUUAAUGCACAAGGAAACGACUAUACCACCUUUGGACUUUUAUUAUGAUCUUAGAAACAUUUCAUUUUAACUGUAAAUAAGUGAAAAUUCCGUGACACUAAAUUUGCAUUGUCAACACUAGUAUAUUUCCACGAUAAGGCAAAUAACGUGUGUUCUUUUGAACUUAAUAAAGAGUUCUUUGCAAUCUCACGUACAUCUGUCCGUUAGUUACGUGUCUAUGUGCUUUACUGCUGUAUGUGACCUUUAUCACUUACCAUUCAAUUAUUGCGAAUGUCAAAAGGAGCAAACUUUUAAGACUAUUCAAACGUGGUUAAAAUUUGCUUUUUGGUAACUUAAUCGUCAAGCCCAUGUUAUGCCACGCAGGUUCUUUCCCUAUCUGGUUAUUUUCUCGAAACUCUAGUAAUGAAUCUUUCGAAGACCACAAAGUUAUGACAGGUGACCCUCUCCGCUUUAUAUUAAUUAAGGAGUGCUGGAAUAAAACGAUUUCAUUAGAUGAAAAGGAAAUGAGUGAUGGAUAAUUAGAAAAAAGAAAAUCCUGCAAAUUCAGACCUUGUGGUCAGUUCAGAACACAGGGCACAGUACACGGCCAUACGGGUGAGGUCUACCGAAGCCACCGCAGGUCACCUCUCAAAGCCUUGCAAAACUUUAAGAUAACAAUGACUGAAAACGACACUACAAUAACUUCUUAAUUUCUUCAAUUUUUAUAUUUCAUUUGCGGGCUCAAAACAAGAGCCAUUUUCCUUGAAAACUACUCAGUACGUGUCAGGAAUUGUCAAAGGUACUUUAGUAAAAUAAUUCAAACUAACGAUCUAUUCACAGUCUCACGUUUUCGUCGUCAGUUAAUGUGGUACUCUAAGUUAUGAAGUUAUGAAGUUAUGAAGUUAUGAUAAAGAUCACAUGAAGUCUGGUGCUGAAUGAAAGCGAGUUUCGAAACAUUUCAGGAUUCCUUUAUCAGUUGCUUGCGAGUACCUGUUGUGAUUGCGAAGCAGGCUGAUCAAUAAAAGAGAGUUUUCUCUGGUGUCAGCCAUCGUUAUUGGUCUGUGCGGCGGGCGUAAAGAGCGAUUCUAAAGGAUGCUUCGAGAAUAAUGCUUAAAACAACACAUCCGCAGAUUAUCUCCACAACAGAUCCGUUAUGAUGAAAAGCUCACUAUGGCCGACUGUCCGUGACUUUUUGGAGACCAACUAUGGCUCUAUCAAACAUACUCGGUAUGUUUAUAAAUUGAAUAGGACCCUAUCCAGAUGCCAGAAAUGGACAGAAAUAUAGACACAAACGUUUUAUUCGGAUCGUUCGCAGCUCGUUACAAAAGAUGGUGCUUAACUCAGGUGAAGGAACGUUUGAUACAAGCUAUAUCGAGCGCGCUUAAGUUAUACUUACAUGUAUUGUAUUACCGCUUUGGCACAUAAUGUAUGACAGCUGUCAAUCUCCAAGUUGCAUACUUUUCUUUUUAAUCAUUUUCAUAUUACUUGAACUUACUCAUGCAGAUUUACUAAAUUAAUCACAUUGACAUCGACAUGUUUAUACUGCAGCUAAACACGUACACUACCACAGAGCAACAAAUAGUAAAUUAAAGAGAUGUACAAAUAUCAAACCAAAUUUUUGGCCAGGAUUUACGAACUGGGCAUCCAAUAAUUUUAAAGAAGGCAAAUAAUAAUUACAAAUAAUAGAUAAACGAAGUGGUUUUUUUUCCAAAAAGUGAGCAUCCAUAAAACGCCUUGACGCCCAUCUGGCUAAACCGUAGUCCAAACUUAAUGAUUCCUUGCUAGUAUCCUACAACAUCAAAUCAAAACAGACUUUCUCCGAGGUUUUCACGAAAUUAUAAAUUCUCAUCCUCAGGCUGUAUUAGGUUACUAAGCAACAGUGUAUGCAAUAAAGAAUAUGGAAAAUUGUGCCAUUUGCGUAAUGUUCUUACUCUUUAAGUAAUAUCAUCAUACAAUAAAGCUUAUACUGACUUAUUUCCAGCUUCUCUCAUGUAUUUAAAAAACUUUGUAUAAACAGUACCUACGACGGUCCUGCUAUUGGAACCUUCUUCAUUAAACUGUGGUUUUCAAAGGCUUGUAAUAUUCUUCAUCAAAGGUGAAAGACAUAGAAAGCUCACAUACAAUUUACAUGGAUUGAUGUGCUCCUACUUUCAGGUAUAACUAUUAUUAAAAAAAAAAGUUUUUGGCACGUGAAUGCUCAAUAUUUCCCACAUUUGAGUGCCAUAUUUGAGCUGAAAGCAUGAAAAAAAGUAAAGAUUACCAGAAUCAUGGAGCCUGAGUGAGUUUAGUAGAUGAGGGUGUCAUGUAACAUAAAGAAUUCAUCACCACAUAAGUAUGAAAAUAUGAGCUACGAGAAUGAUGAAAAACCCACCGCAUAGACUGCUUGUAAAAAGUAAAAGCUCACACUGUAUCUAAUACCGUGAGCACCCAAUAUAAUGGAAUACCACCGAGUGUAAUAAAAAGAUGACCACAAACGAUAAAACUAUCAAAUAUUCUUAAAAACAUUCAUAAGACAAUGUAAUCAAGUAGUACAGAGCAGUAAUGGCGUUCCAUCAUUGUCGGUUUUGCAAUUAUGUCAUCUACAACACUUUCGACUAAUUAAAACUUCUUUCAAUUAACUAUAUACUGGGACGAUUUCCAUGACAGUGACAGCUUUAAAGAUUAUCAUAACCUGAAUGAAAUAGUUAAGCAUCUGAUGCUCUGCAUAACUUUAAGGAUGCUAUACCACGGUUUUCCGAUCAUCACCGCUUUAAGUGAAACUGUGGUAGAGAAGCCACAUAAAGAAGCUUUUGGCAUUGCUUUCCUCUCAAGGACUGAAGAGCACACCUCAAGAAAUACUUUAACAAUCUGAAGGUGCAUAAAAAUUUAUUUCUUUAACAUCUGUAAAAACUGCUUUAACCAACUUCCUUUGGUAAAUUUCGGGCCCAAAUUCAUAUACGACGGCGAAACUCAUUCCGCCGGUGAAGACAUCAAAUUAAACGACUUUUUUAUAUAUUUACCCGCAAAUGACACUGGUUGCUAUUCUGUUACCUACAGUAUCCCAAACUUCUAUAUGCGGGUUUUAGAAAGAGGAAAUCAAAGGUAAAUUUGAGAGCAACAACCAUGUAUGAGGAUGAGAAAUCGAACUGAUGGUUAUCAAAGGAGUUUCACUGACUGACAGGUAAAGAUUGUUCCCCUUCUGAAAAUGCAGUUGAGUUUGAUUCAAGUUCCUUGACAUCUAUUUACAUGUGCUGGCACUUAGAAGCAAUCUCGUUUUUAGGGGUGUGAAUUUUCUGCUUUACAGCUAACAAAAAGAUUUGGAGUGUUACUAAAUUCGUAGAAAAAGAAAAAAAACGUUACAAGUGUGUGUGCGAGUGUGUUUCAUUUCCCUUUUCUAUUCAAAGGGCGAAAUUUGGAAAGAUGUUUGAUUAAAUAUUAGCAUAAAUUAAAGACACGGAAAGAUUUCCACCCAAGAUAAUUUUUAUAACGCAUUAAUCGAGUGUCAUCAAGAAAAAGGUUUAGGAAAAAGACCUCGAUGCAAAUUGGAAAUAACGCAAAAUUGCAGCUUUCUUUCUACAUUCAUAAACUAAGUUUGGGGAGCAAAGCGGAUGAAGAAGUAAGUGGACCAUGAUUUUCAAAUUGUCUGUAUUUGUGCUCGUGUGAACAAGUCUCCCAGAAGUUUACUUUUUUUAAAUGUUACAAAAAUUGAAUUGCUAAACCUUCAUCUUUAUGCCCGAGAAGGUGCAUUUUGCUUCACUAAUUAUUCUCAUCACCUGCUGAUUAAGCGAGCAGGUAUUCAGCUCAAGGAGAGCAGAAUCUGAGAAUGAAAAUGACAACGACAAAUGAAGAACAACAUGGAUGGCAACAGUAAAAAGUGGGGUGCCAUUCAGUAUGAUUAGAACUACCACAAGUAGGCCAUUAAACUUAGCCGUAAUAAAAAGCCUUUCGGGUGGUUUUGAAAAUUUAUAUAUCUCCGCAAAAGGUGAACUAAUUAGUUUUUUAUUCACUCUUUAUCAAGAGACCUAAUAAGGAAAUACAAGCGCUUGAAUCUGUCAGCCGAAAAUGAAAGACCUAAUGAACAAUACAGGUAGGGUGCUUUCCCUCCGUCAAACUUAAAAGUCUAGCGUUGCGAGUAAAGAUUAACUCCCGAUGACUAUGCAAAUUCUCAAGAAUACAUUUAAACUAGUUUAGUGAAAAAAAGUGUGUCGAUCAUACGACAAGUGUUUGGCUUAAUGAUAAUUCUGAUACUAGAAUAAUUAACCUGUCCAAAUGAGAGGACCUUGAGCUCUGAUCCUGAUAGGUUUCGUUUCAGAAACAAACAAAAGUUAGCAUUGAAAAACAAACAAAUGGAGAAGUUAAUCCCGGGAUAAGUGAUAGCAAAACAUAUAGCGUUAUCCACCGUAUAGAGAUUUAUCCAAUAGAUGCCGUUAUCCAACCUUCAAACAACCAGGGCCUGUAUUGUAGUUUCUAUUUAAGUGAUCCCUGUAGACAAGGAUUGAUUGUCUAUUUAAGAGAGCAAAUUGGUUAACUUCAUACUCUCGAAUUUAUAGAAUAUCCUUCCCUCAACUCGUACCUUAAUAUUUGGUUCAUUACCAAUUAGAGAUACGAACAAUUCUCCAAAUACGCAUUAUAAAUAACCAGGGGCGGAAAAAGAGUACGGAGUUAUGACGAGCCCUUCCUCCUCACAUUACACAGCAAGACUCACCACUACAAUCUCAUUCAACAAUUCUGUUUUUUUAAGAAACCACGUUUUUAAGGCUAUUUGACCCAUCUUGGCCGGUGAUCACUUUUUCGACAAAAUGUUUUCCCGAAAAUUUUGGAGGAAAUGACUGAGUAUUUCAAGGUAUUUUUAUAUUCAAGAAACUGAGCCUCAUCAAUAUGUCAGUUAACCGGAAUGAUCAACGACAAAAAUAACGAUAAAUAUACUUCAAGUGGAUCACCUCAAUUAAGCCACUUAAAGGAUUAUUUCUUUCUCGGACUUAGCCUUACCUCAGAGUUCAGUUUAUAACUCACCAAUCGUGCGCUAAAGAGGUCUUGUAGAUUAUCUUCUACUGCAUGACUGAAAAUCAGUGCUCAAUGACUAAAAUUUGUCAAGGCUAAAGACUCUGACUCGACGUUCCGACUGCGGUAACCUAUUUCAUAAGUUAAAUCUUUGCCUUGUUCUACAGGACCUGCUGGUGCCUCCAACAUGACGUACAAUUCCACCGAAGCGCCAUCCGCCGGGAGAUUACCGAUCCCGCGCGGCAUUCAAAUCGUAGUCACGGUAAUGGCCGUUACUGCUUUUUUACUGGCAACAAUCGGUAACUCGUUGGUUAUUUACAUCGUUUACACAGUAAACCACAUGAAGAACUCAACAAACAUUCUCAUCGCCAACAUGGCUGUUGCAGAUCUUCUCAUGAGCAUUGAUUUGCCUUAUAUUCUCAAAUUCUUUUUCAUUUGGAGUGGAUGGUUUGGCACGUUUAUGGGCGCUGCGUUAUGCAAGUUCUUCCACUCAGCUCAAGUUGGUUCCUUGAUCGCCUCAGUGUUCAGUUUAAUAGCGGUUUCUUUAGAUCGCAGUUUUGCCAUCUUAUAUCCUUUGGAGACGAUCAUGACAACAAAGGUUGUGGGAUUCGCGAUCGUCAUAAUUUGGCUUGGCGCAUUGGCUUUUAUGAUUCCAGUGAUGUUUGUGGCGACCGCAAAGCGAGAAGAAGAAACAAAAACUGUGAUCUGUAUAGAGGAUUGGUCAGCAUUGUCAAGAGAAAUCUACACCCUUAUUUUAUUUGUCAUAAGUUAUGCCAUUCCACUGUUUGCCAUCACUGUAGCCUACUUCCUGGCCGCAUUACGCCUUUGCAGGAGGAAAUUACCUGGACACCAGAAUCCGAUUGCGCAUAAAAAAGUUCAGAAAACGAGCAGGCGGGCGACUGUUAUGUUAGUAACAGUGGUAGUGGUUUUUGCUCUCUCGUGGCUUCCAUUUCAAGUUCUAGAGAUGAUUGCAACUUAUAAUUUUAAAUUUUUCCUGGAGAUUCCCAUACAAGUUAUAUUUGUACUCCCAUGGUUUGGUUACUAUAAUAGUGCCAUCAAUCCAAUUCUUUACGUGAUCUUCUCGGGGAAUUAUCGACGCGAAUUUUAUCGGAUUCUAUGCAAAAGAGAGAGCCGUAAGGAACGUUCCAGAGUAGCAGCCACUGGC